UGUGUGAGAAAGUGCAAAAGGCAAUAAGUAUGUGAACUAUAACAUAGUGAAACCAAUAUUAAAGAGAAACAUUCUCUUCAUGAGACAUACAAUGCUUAUCAACAGGAAUUUUGACAACAGUCAUAUAUCAAGUAAAAGAAGAAAAUGACUACUGAUGGCAGAAUUGGAUUUCCCAGCCAUCGUCUAUGAGAUCUUACAUAAAUGUUCUCAGUUCAAUGUCCUCUGGGUUUGUGACAAAAUUGAAAAGUGAGAGUCAGUGAUGAGAAACCAUACAUCAUUAACUACAUUCAUACUUCUGGGACUCACCAAUAAUCCUCAAGUGCAGGUUCUGAUUUUUAUACUUCUGUUUGUCACCUAUACAUUGAGUAUAACUGGGAACUUGAUCAUCAUUAUACUCACUUUAGUGGAUUCUCACCUUAAAAGUGCCAUGUACUUUUUCCUCAAAAACUUCUCCUUCUUAGAAACUUUAUUCACCACGGCCUGUAUUCCCAGGUUCCUCUAUAGCUUAUCAACUGGAGACAAGACAAUUUCCUAUAAUGCUUGUGUUGCUCAAGUAUUUUUUAUCAUCUUGUUUGGAGCUACAGAAUUUUUCCUUCUGACCAUCAUGUCCUAUGAUCGAUAUGUAGCCAUCUGUAAGCCCUUGCAUUAUGUGACCAUCAUGAACAGCAAAGCCCGCAGUUGGCUUGUUAUCUGCUGUUGGGUGGCAGGCUUGUUGGUCAUACUACCGCCACUGUGCCUGGGCUUAAACCUGGAAUUCUGUGACUAUAAUGUCAUUGAUCAUUUUCUCUGUGAUGCUUCUCCACUGCUAAAAAUCUCUUGUUCAGAUACCUGGUUCAUAGAACAGAUGACCAUUGCCAUUGCUGCACUGACCACCUUCAUAACACUUCUGUGUAUAGUCCUGUCCUAUAUUUAUAUCAUCAAAACUAUUAUAAAGUUUCCUUCUGCUCAGCAACGGAUGAAGGCCUUUUCUACCUGCUCUUCUCACAUGCUGGUGGUUUCUAUCACAUAUGGGAGCUGUAUUUUUGUUUAUAUCAAACCUUCACCAAAAGACCAAGUAGCAAUUAAUAAGAGUGUUUCAGUGCUUACUACUUCAGUUGCCCCCAUGUUAAACCCAUUUAUUUAUACCCUAAGGAACACACAAGUGAAACAAGCUUUUGCAGACUUAAUCAAAAGAAUUUCAAUGAUCUCAAAGUAA